CCCGGCGGGCGCGGAGGGAGCGCGGGCCGAGGCGGCGCGGCGGCCGCGGACUCUUUGCCCGCCAUGUCCACCCCGGCCCGGCGGCGGCUGAUGCGCGACUUCAAGAGAUUGCAAGAGGACCCUCCUGUGGGUGUCAGUGGUGCACCAUCCGAGAAUAAUAUAAUGCAGUGGAAUGCAGUUAUAUUUGGGCCAGAAGGGACACCUUUUGAAGAUGGUACUUUUAAACUAGUAAUAGAAUUCUCCGAAGAAUAUCCAAAUAAACCUCCAACUGUUAGGUUUCUAUCAAAAAUGUUCCAUCCAAAUGUGUAUGCGGAUGGCAGCAUAUGUUUAGAUAUUCUUCAGAACCGCUGGAGUCCAACAUAUGAUGUUUCAUCUAUUUUAACUUCAAUUCAGUCUCUGCUUGAUGAACCCAAUCCAAACAGUCCAGCAAACAGUCAGGCAGCACAGCUUUACCAGGAGAACAAACGUGAAUAUGAGAAAAGAGUUUCAGCUAUUGUGGAACAAAGUUGGAAUGAUUCGUAACAGCUGCUGUGUUACUCUCCAUCCUCAUAAUCCUUAUGUACAAUUUAACUCUCAGUAGAAAGGCUACCAGAAAUUUCAAGUGCCACAGUUCUAUGAAUUUGCAUAAAACCUCAUUUGCAAACAAAAUUAAGCCCUCCAGUUUAGGAAAGCUAAAAGCUUGUGUAUCUCGAUUAACGUCCUUUUUAUUGCAUGGUAUGAACUAAGUUAUUGCUACAUAAAUUUGUAAUAUAUCCUGUUUGUAUUUUUUUUCCAAGUGUAUAAUGUUGGUGUGGAGUUUUCAUGACAGAAUAUACACAUUUUGUAAAUCUGUACUUUUUCAAAUAUUGAAUGCCUUAUUUUUGAAUUCUUUAGAUUUUUAAAUUGGAGAAAAAGCACUUAAAGUUUUUAUAUAUGAAUAUUUCAUGUAAAACUGUUAAAUACAUAACCUUAGUGCAAGACAUUCUGCUCUCACUCUGUAUCUGUUUCCAAGGGCUCAUUUUUAGUCCAUUUUCCCUUCAUCUGUGCUGAUGAUACCAUGCACUUUACAAACAGGAAAGUUAAUCCAUGAUGUAACUGUCUCCACGGGAUGUCUUUGCUUCUGCACCAGAGCUUAGCUUGAUUCUGUGUGUCCUCAGUUGUAUGAGGAAGAGUUUUGGUAGCUGCUAAUGACAAAUGGGGAAACAGAUUUAACUAUUUUGCUCAAACUCCCACUUUAAACCAGCAGGGGAGUUGGAAACACCACCUGGAUGAACCAGGCUUGGUUUUAUUUUUCAGGGAGAUUGCAUUUAACCAAGUUGUAAAAUGUUGUCAUCUAAAUCUGUCCUAUAUUCACACACUGUAAUAUAGUUUUGAAUACCUUCCAGUAAUUAAAGAGGUGUCCCACUAGUUUCCCUUGGGGGUGGGGAAAAAAUUAAUCACCAACAGAAGAAAACAUGCCUGCAGAUUUAAUGGAGGUAUUCUUUGAGGCUUGGCUGUGCAUUACCUGGUCAGGUCUCAUGUCUGUAUCACAGAGGUUCCACAUUCUCCUAAACUGCUGGUUUUAAAGAAGUUUGGCUUUGCUUUUGGAAGUGUUGAUGUGGUGGUAAUUUCUUACUGUAUUCUGUAAAUCAGGCUGGAUGACUACAGUAAAGAAUUAGGCCAUUUUUUUUUCUUCCAGCAGCAAAAUUGUAACCCCUUUGUCAUAAUUCCAACCAGCAUUACAUAUAUAUUAAAACCUCCAAAUCCUAUACCAAAAUACAGCUCAGUGUUGCCUGGAAAGCAGUGGAAGUUUAUUUCAGCUAGAAGAGAAAAUGUUUAUUUGCAACAGUCAUGACUAAAAGCCUCAAUGCACUGGAACAGGAAUAUCAAUUUACAUCUCACACCUUGUGAAGUUCUGUGAUUUCUAGGAGCAGCACUCUCAGGUUUAAAACCAGCACUCAGAUUAUUGUCAAGGCUCUUAGGAGCUUGUGGAGUAAAACUGCUCUGGCUUAGACAGGAAUUAGUGUGCACAGCCACAGUAACAGAAGCAUCAGCGCUAAGUAACAACUGAACUACACUCCCAUGAAGUCAGUUUGCUUUCCUUGAGUUGGUGAAUUUGUGUUUAAAAAUUCUUCAAUCUGUGUCUGAUUAACAGAAGCCACAGAGGAUCCAAUUUGCCUUUUGGCUGUGGUGGAGUUACAGUAACACUGGCAAAGUGGUGCUGCAGGGCCUGAAGCAGCAUCAGGGCAGAGAUAUUUGUUCACAAUGUGGAAAAGCUUCCUGUUUCUAAGAAUUAAUCGAAGCUUUGAAGAUGAUUUUUUUAAAUUUUGCCUCCUGUUUCAGUAUUUUUGUUCCUCUGACGUGUGCACGAGAGUCAUUAGUGUCCACAUUAAUUUGAUUAUUCCUGGACAGCCA